AUGGUUAUUGACGGAGAGCAUGCAUAUUACGGUUAUCAUUCAUGGCUUAGUAUCUUUCAAAUGUUCGAUACAAAUUAUGAUGGUUAUAUUGCAACGCAUGAUCUGAGACGAUUUGUUCGUAAUUCAGCAGUUUCAUUUGGAUUGUCAAAGAAGGAAGCAGAUGCUUUAUUGAGAAAUAUUGAUGAGAAUAAUGAUCAUCUACUUGAUUUUGCUGAAUUCUGUACUCUGAUGAGUAGGGCUAAGAAAUUGCGCAUGCGACAUGUAUUGUUUCGGGCAGCGCAAAUGGUGGUACCACGAAGCAGUCGAACAGUACCAUUCAAUUAUUUACAACAAUACAACUGCUUUCCUCCACCAUUUUUUAUGAUUUUCAUAUCCAUCCUAGAGGUAGCAAUAUAUGUCUACUAUGUUGUGCAAUUUAGGAGCGGAAUUGAAUUAUAUGGACCAGUGCCGCAAAAAUCUCUCUUCAUCUUUAACCCUCAUAAAAUUACCGAAGUGUGGAGAUAUUUCACUUAUAUAUUUAUUCAUAUUGGGAUAGCACAUUUGAUUUUCAACGUGUUAACACAAAUCAUUCUUGGCAUUCCACUUGAAUUGGUUCAUAAAUUUUGGCGAAUUGCUUUGGUGUAUCUAUCUGGUGUUCUGGCCGGUUCUUUGCUGAAUUACGUCAUUGAUCCACGGACGUAUUUGGCUGGGGCCUCUGGAGGUGUGUAUGCUUUACUUGCGGCACAUAUAGCCGAAUUACUUAUUAAUUGGACCGAGAUGGAAUACGCAUUUUACCGAGCUAUUGCUCUAGCAUUCUUGAUCUCAAGUGACGUAUCCUUGGUCAUCUAUCAUCGCUACUACGAUAACUCUACAGAUAAAGUAUCUCAUCUGUCACAUUUUGCUGGCUUCACAGCUGGUGUCUUAAUGGGUACCAUCGUUCUGCGUAAUUUCCGAAAAAAAAAUUGGGAACGUUUAAUAUGGUGGAUUGCUUUUGUGGCAACAGGCCUUUUAUUCUCAACGCUUGUCCUCCUCAAUAUCAUGCCACAUAUUGUGAAGCGUCAAGAUUCGAUUCAACAAUAG